AUGCAUCCAAGAAGCGUUUUUAAUAAGGAACCUGAUUUUAAUCGACUGGCAGAAAAAUAUGAAUCGUUUGAAAAAUUUGUAAAGGUCGGAAACAACAAAAGGGCUUACAUUGAUUUCAAAGAUCCUGAAGCAUUUGACAUUGACAUUGAUUUCCCUUUGGAUUCACUUUGUCCUGCAGUCCCCAACAGACUCAACUACAUUCUUUGGCUGCAAGAUUUGAUAGACGAUACACUGACCGAUGCAAAAGACAUUAUUGGUAUCGACAUUGGAGUGGGUGCAUCCUGUAUUUAUCCAUUAUUAGGGUGUGCAACAGAUUUAAACUGGCGAUUUCUAGGUACCGACAUUGAUCUCAGAUCGAUUGAUUAUGCAAAAGAAAACGUCAAGCGAAAUCAUUUGGAAGACAGAAUUACAAUUCAACAUACCGCCGAUCCUAGUAAAAUUUUCUUACUGGAAGAUACAGUACCCGUGUAUACAUUUAGUAUGUGCAAUCCUCCAUUCUAUAGCAGUCAGGAAGAAUUGGAUGAAGGUUUAGAUAAUAAGGAACUGGAACCAUCCGCCGUUUGUAAUGGAUCCAAUGGAGAGAUGAUUACAGAAGGAGGUGAAUACGGAUUUAUCUCGAGAAUGAUUGAAGAAAGCUUAAUACUGCAAAAAAGGGUGAUAUGGUAUACAAGUAUGAUGGGAUUAAAAAGGACGAUUCGACCGCUUGUCCGAUUAUUAAAAGAAUCAGGCAUCUCCAAUUAUGUCGUAACAAACUUCACACAGGGAAACACCACACGUUGGGCAAUUGCCUGGUCGUUUUAUGAUAAUCGCCCGACCCAUAUUAAAAUGCUUGAAUCUUGGUUGCCCAAAUACUCUUUUGAAGUAGAGUUGCCUCAAAACACAGAUGUCGUACAUUCGUUUUUAAAACCUAUCUUGGACGAUUUAGAUAUUGGACAUGUUGUAUCAGGAGAUGAAGACGGUGAAAUUAUUUUGGAUUGUACUGUCGAUAAAAAUACAUGGUCUAGAGCUGCACGAAGACAAAGGAAACGACAGAAAUUAGAAUCACAAGAGGAGGAGAAAUCAGAAAAUCCCUUUCAAUUUAAGCUUGAAUUAUCAUCCAGUCGAUCACCAUCCCUGUCCUAUUUACAAAUUAUUUGGUUGAAAGGUGGUGAUAGACCCAUGUUCGAAGGAUUUUGGUCUCAUCUAAAGAAACGUAUCGAAGAAAAUUGCGGUAUCUAUAGAGGAAGUACUUUUUCAAAAUAA